GUCAACUUGAACCGGAUAACUCGGUCUAAUUCCAAAGACGUGUAUAUAUUUUCUCUUCGCCUCUCCUCUCGCGAUCUCUUCCUCAUUCUCCGCCGAUGGAAAAGGGGAAGUCGGCGGCCAACGAGAUCACCUCCUCCCUCGAGGAUCUCCAUCUCAAGCCGCGCCCUAAAUCCACCCCUGUGGUUUCGCCGUUCGAUUCUUUCGCUUUUCCGUUGAAGAAAACUAAGCCUCCAAGCCUAGUGAACUUGUGCCUUGGAAUUCUCGGGCGAUAUCUAGAGGACAUCAUUGCAGAUAUUUCAGAGAUAGCAGCAGGAUUUCCACCUGAUAUUAAGUUGGUGCUAGUGGCAAUUGCGAGGAGGCGGCAGUUACUGAACGAUGAUGUUCUCAUUUCCCUGGCUGAAGUUUCAUGGAAAAUUCUUGAUUUAUCUGGAUCAGAUGUGACUGACUUUGGCCUUAGAAAAGUGGCAGAGAUUUGCAUCGACUUACGGGCCAUUGAUAUUAGUAACUGUGGCAAGAUAACCGUUGCUGGUGUUUCAGAGCUUAUUUAUCAUUGUCACUCGUUGGAAACUUUGAGAUGCGGAGGGUGCCCCAGGAGUGAAAUCACUGCUCGGCAGUGUGUGAGUAUCUUGAAGCCCAAAUUAAACCACGUAGAGGAAGACUCAUGGGAAGAGUUGGAAAAUGUGGACAUUGGAAGUGGUUCCCAAUCGCUAUGCUGGCUUGUAUGGCCAAAAAUAGAUGAUGAUUCAAAGGAAUCGUUAGCUGUUGAAUGUCCUCGAAUUGUUGUCAAUCCGCAACCUUUGCCUCUUGGCUUCCGUGGGUUACAAGUUCCCAAAGAAGCAUUAGCCAAUAAAGCUUUGGACCAUUUCAUAAUUGAUGGCAUUGAUCCCAAGACCUGGGCUGUUUCUGGUGCUACAAGGAGGCCUCCUGCACCUGCACCCACUGCCUGUGAUGAUACCCCUGAACUAUCCAUGGCCGAACGAUUCAGGCUUGCGUUCUUAGAGAGGGAUGCAAGGCUGGCUCCAAAGAGAGCAAAAAAUGCAAGGCAACAUAGGCGACGAGCAGAGAGGGAGUACCUAAUGAACAGCUCAAGUGCCAAAUCCGUCAUACUUGCCUCCCAAGCUAGCAAAUUCUUGCACAACAAAAGCUGACGAACAAACUAUAUUUCCCCCUGUUCAUACUAGUUUCGUAGAUGUAUUUGUAGCAACGAUGGGGUUCAUAUGUAUAAUUUUUCCUCCCAGCUUGUAUCCAUUUACCAUUUACAGGCUGACUUGUGGUGAGUUCUUCACAAAAGGGGUACAAGAAAUAAAUUUACUCAUCAUCUGCUCAUGAAGAGUGUUUGGUAAA